UCGUAAGCGAGAGAGUCAGAGAGAGAGAGAGAGAGAGAGAGAGAGAGAGAGAGAGAGAGAGAGAGAGAGAGAGAGAGAGAGAGAGAGAGAGAGAAAGAGAGAAAGAGAGAGAGAGAGAGGGACAGAGAGACGAGAGAUUGUAAUGAAGAUGCAAGUUUGGAGUUUGUUGACCACUCUGUGUGUCUUAGCCCUGGGCAUGGGGUCGGAGUAUGACGGGCAGAAGACAGGGCAACUCCAUCGCUAUAAGCGUGCCCUCCUACUGGCUCUGGAUCACCAAGCUGGCGCCGGGACGGACUCAACGGGAUCGUGUGGCACCAAGCUGCCCCGUGGCAAGCGGGCAGUGUCCCGGCCGCACUCGGACCAUCCCCUUCGGCAGCUGCCGCCCUCGCAUCCGCCGCCGCCGCCGCACGAUCACAGCCCGGGCAGAUUGCUCUAUUUCGCGGGCACGGGAAACCAGCUGCGCCUCCGAACGACCACCGAGCUCCCCCGACAGAGGUUCACUUUGGAACUGAGACUGAAAGCUGAAGGAGGACAGCGUUCUCCAGCUGUCAUUGUAGGUCUUUACGACAAAUGUUCUUCUAUAUCCCGGGACAGAGGAUGGAUCCUUGGCAUCCAGUCCAUGAGUGAUUUGGGUAAUAGGGACCCGCGAUUCUUCUUCACUCUAAAAACAGACAGAGCUCGCAAAAUAACCACCAUCGUAGCCCAGCAGAAAUACCCCGCCAAUCAAUGGGUACACUUGGCAGUAAGCUACGAUGGACGUAAAAUGAAGCUCUUCGUUAAUGGAGCGCAGGUGGCUGUAAGCAAUGAACAAGUCGGUGACAUCUUCAGUCCUCUCAGCAGAAAGUGCAAAGCUCUCACACUUGGUGGAAAUUUUCAAAAUCAGAAUUAUCGUGGCUACAUAGCCGAUUUUACUUUGUGGAGUGAAGGCAGAACUCAACGGAAAAUAAUCCAAGAUAUGAAGCACCACACUCAAAAUAACAAUGAGCUUGUCCUUCAUGACAACUUUGAGGAUGUGGAGAGGCACUGGCUAACUGUGAAGGACAGCAAAUACCCACAGACAGAACCACAGCAUCACAUUGACUGGAUAUCGAGUACUAAUCUGCAGCCUCCACCCUGUGGCCAAACUGUCUGUGACAACAUUGAAGUCAUAACAAAUUACAACAACCUCUUCAACUUACGCAAGCUAAAGGCUGUCCGCUACAGGGUCGUCAAUAUCUACGAUGACAGUCACCAAAAACCUACUGUUACCAGAGAGCAAAUAGAACUUCAGCAUCAACACUUAAACAAUGCCUUUGAACGGUACAACAUCACCUGGGAUCUUACAGUUUUGGAUGUCAAGAAUUCCUCUCUGAGGAACCGUCUCAUUCUGGCCAACUGUGACAUAAGUAAAAUAGGGAAUGGGGAAUGCGACUUGGAGUGCAAUCACACAAUGACAGGCAGUGAUGGUGGAGACUGCAAAUCAACGAGGCGCAUAACUUUGUUAAAGAAGCAAGGAGAUGGAGUGUGCGAUAUGGACUGUAAUGAUGAAACGUUCAAUUUUGAUGAUGGCGAUUGCUGCAAUCCAGAGACGACUGAUGUAACAAAGACAUGUUUUGACCCCAAAUCACCCUACAGAGCAUACUUGGAUGUGAAAGAUUUGAAGAUCAUUCUGAAACUGGACGGUACAACGCACCUCAACAUUUUCUUUGCCAAUUCAUCUGAUGAAGAGCUGGCUGGAGUUGCCACAUGGCCAUGGGAUAAAGAAGCCCUUACUCAUCUAGGUGGCAUAGUCCUGAAUCCUUCAUUCUAUGGAAUCCCUGGUCAUACCCACACCAUGAUCCACGAGAUAGGCCAUAGUCUUGGGCUCUACCAUGUGUUCAAGGGAAUAUCUGAAAUCGAAUCCUGUACAGACCCAUGCGUGGAGACAGAACCUUCCAUGGAAACUGGUGACUUAUGUGCUGACACUAGGCCGACGCCGAAAAAUAAACAAUGCAAAGACCCUGAUCCGGGAAACGAAACAUGUGGUUUUGGCCACUUCAUUAAUACUCCUUUCUUUAAUUACAUGAGUUACGCAGAUGAUGACUGCACCAAUUCCUUCAGUCCCAAUCAAGUUGCUAGGAUGCACUGUUACUUGGAUCUGGUAUACCAGGGCUGGCAGCCAUCUACAAAGCCUCCACCUGUCCCUGUUGCCCCAGAGAUAAUACAUCAGACAGCAGAAUCAGUGACAAUCCACUGGCUUCAUCCAAUCGAUGGGCAGUUCUAUGACAGUGAGCUGGGAUCAGUCUGCGACGCUUGCACUGAACACGGAGAACUUGUCCAGUAUGCCUUCAAUGCUUCUUCCCCAAGACCAUGUGACCCUUCUGGACACUGGAGCCCCAGAGAAGCAGAAGGACCCCCUGAUGUAGAGCAACCUUGCGAAAACAGUGUUAGAACAUGGAGCCCCGAUGCUGGUGUUGACGAGAAAACUGUUCCGCCGGUAUGUCCGGAGCCUCAGGGCUGCUAUUUGGAACUGGAAUUUCGCUAUGCAUUGAUUCCCAAUUCCCUGACUGUCUGGGUCACCUUCACUGAAGGGGAGGUUCAAGGCGCCGUUCACAACAUCAUGUUACUGACAGUAAGCGGAAACGAAAUCUCACUUGGGCCACAAAACAUCUUCUGCGAUGUCCCCAUUACAGUCAGACUCACAGUAACGGAGGAAAUUCAUGCCAUUCGGAUCUUCACUCUCGAUGAGCAUCUGGAAAUUGAUGCUGCUAUGCUGACCUCAUCACCACAAAACACUUUAUGCAAAGAAUGUCGACCUAUUCAGUAUAAAAUCAUACGAGAUCCACCGUUUCAAGAGGGACUAACUUCCACAGUGAAUGAUUUGAGCAGAAAAUUUGAAGAUGUGGAUGUAAAGCCCAACACUUUGUACACUUAUCAAGUAGUGGUUUCCAAGGGUUUGGAAGACAGUGAACCUUCCCCACAACUGAAACACGUACAUGGAGCUGCUUACUGUGGAGAUGGAUUGAUCCAAAGACAUCUGGGAGAGGAAUGUGACGACAAGAACAAACUGAAUGGAGAUGGCUGUUCUAGCUUAUGUCACAAGGAGCCAUUUUUCAACUGUGUGGAUGAACCUAGCAGGUGCUAUUUCCAUGAUGGCGAUGGUGUGUGUGAAGACUUUGAGAAAGAGACCAGCGUCCAGGACUGUGGUCUGUACACACCCAAUGGUUUCAUGGAUCAGUGGGCCAAUAAUGUCACUGUCUCACACCACGAUGAUCAAUACUGCCCUGGGUGGGUGAUAAUUGGUCACCCAGCUGCAACAAAGGUGUGCAAGACCAGGGUUAUCGAUUUGACUGAUGGAGUGUCUCAGUAUGCAUGGUUCCCUUGCCUGGAAGCAUUUCGCAGCAGUCCAUACUAUCCUCCAAAAUACUGGCUAAAGGCCUACUUCACUCAGCCCAUGGUUGCUGCUGCUGUCAUUGUUCACCUGGCCUCUGAUGGAAUUAGCCUCAUUGAACAAAAGCAGGAAUCAAUCUCAGUUCACUUGGUUGACACAAAGGAUCAGAAUCAUGACCUGGGAAAGCACCUUUUAAACUGUCGGAACAACCCCCUCGUUAUCCCUGUCAUUCAUGACCUCAGCAAGCCAUUCUACAGGACCUCAGCCAUUCUAAUUACCUUCACUUCAGUGUACGUUGCCAUCUCUGGGGUGGCCCUUCGCUCCUUCCACAACUUUGACCCCAUUACAAUUAGUAGCUGCCAAAGCAGUGAGAUGUACAAUCCCACGGAACAGAGCUGCGUCCACUAUUCGUGUGAAGCCACUGACUGUCAGGAGCUGAGUCUUCAAAAUGCAAUAUUGAACUGUACAGGUGCUGGGCACUACAAUGGGGACCGAUGCAUCGUGUCCUGCAAGGAAGGCUACGUGCUUCACCAGCGAAGAGACGAAGAGACCUCUAAGCGCCAGUCUAAAUUGGAGAUGACAGUCAUCUGCACAGAUGGGAAAUGGAGUGAACAACUCGCGUGCGAGCCAGUGGACUGCGGGAUCCCCGACCAGUAUCAUAUCUACCCUGCCACCUUUUCCUGCCCUGAAGGAACUACUUUUGGGAAGCAGUGUACCUUUCAGUGUCGCCACCCUGCCCAUCUCCGAGGGACCAAUAACUCUCUGACCUGCCUUGAUGAUGGACUAUGGUCUUUCCCCCAAUCGCUCUGUGAAUUGAUGUGCCUGGCACCUCCUCCCGUGCCCAACGCUGUGCUUCAGAGUUUGCACUGUCAACAAGAUGGCCACAAGGUUGGGUCGUCAUGUAAAUACAAGUGCAGGCCAGGAUACCACGUCCCCAGUAUUUCAAGAAAGAUAAGAAAGCGAACCUUCAAGAUAAAAUGCACAGAGGAUGGGAGUUGGCAGCCAGGAGUAUGUGUUCCUGUUAUGUGUGAGGCGGUCCCAGCAAAAUUCCAUGGGUUUUACCAUUGUACAAAUGGCUUCCAGUUCAACAGUGUCUGCCGGGUAAACUGCAGUGAUGCCAACAAUCAGACUGAACCGAUCAACAACGUGAUCCGCUGCCGGAAGGAUGGAACUUGGAAUGGCUCGCUACAGAUCUGCAGCUCAAUGACGGGAAACUGUCCACAGCCUCAUCAACUGAACUCACUCAUCAGACUGUCCUGCAAGCAAGGUUACGGCAUAGGUGCGGAAUGUACCACUUCAUGUUUGUCACACCAAACUGAUCCUGUGAUUUUACCAAGUAACAUGACUUCAGAUGAUGUGAUGUACUGGAUGAAUCCUCCAAAGGCAAAGAGUAUAGUUUGUACAGCAGGACUUACAUGGUACCCACAACCUGAAAUAAUCCGCUGCAUUAAAUCAUGUGAGCCUUUCGUGGGGGACAGCUAUUGCGAUGGAAAUAACAACAGAGCGUACUGCAGUUAUGAUGGCGGGGACUGCUGUGCUUCAACUGUCAUAACUAAAAAGGUCAUUCCUUUCCCAAUGUCUUGUGAACUUCAUGGAGACUGCGCUUGCCGAGACCCCUCAGCUCAGGAGCACGGCAAACUGAGACGGCCACGCUUCUACCAUGGACACCAUUAGCCGAGAGGAACCAGGAACUGCUAACAGCUGAAGGCAGACUGGAAGAGCCACACAUUCCUUGCUGCUUAAAGGAGAAACCUCUCCAACCAGAUGAUACUCACAGAAACACAUACACAUACAAACACACAAUUCGACUAGUCUGCCUUCUGUCUGAAGACUGGAGUGAGAGCAAAGAAUAAAGACACAAACGACACAAUGAAUGAACAAACCCCAAAAUAGCAUGAUUUAUGCCUGCUAGAUUGGCCUCUCCUGGCCAAUCCUUUGCCCCACCCACCUUACUCCCAACAAUACCGUCCCCCCAAUCUAUAUUUUCUAAGGGUUACAAAUACAAUUGUCAAAUCCAAACAUAAAAAUUUUUUCAGUAAAGUGAAUAAAAAUAAUCCAGAUACAACACAAAGAUAAUUGUGCAUAGAACGAUUAAAGAACAACUUACAGAUAGAAAAAAAUGAAUACGUAUUUCUGAAAGGAAACAACUGUUAGCAUGGCUGCUGUUGCUGCCCAAUAACCAGCUACUCACACUGUGAGAGCAGGUUAACACCAAACCCAAACUUCAGUCUAUCUGCCUUAAGCAAAACUUCAGCUUUGUUUUAAAACCCUUUGAUUUCAUCUCUUAAUCUUUUCAUUGAAAACAGAUCCAGCCAAAAGAAUGAGCCAAAUUGCAAGGAAAUCAAAGCUGCUUGCACUCAUUCUAAUUGCUCUUUCCAUGGAACACAAUUUCAAACCAGAGGAGAAUCAGACCAGUAAAAGGUAAUUUUAGUGGAUUGGUGUGAGGAUGUUAUUGCCAUUCCAGGGGUAUUGAAUAAUGGAAUAAACAUAACAAGAAGGGAAGCAAAAGCCCUUGAAACAAUUUUACCUGUGUCAAAAGGGGUGUUUUUUUAUCAGCAGUUGCUAAAUCAUUGGCCUUGCACAUCUAAGGACUAACUUGCAAAACCAAAUCUGGAAAGGAUAAAAUCCAAUGGUCAGAGCUGCUAGACACUCAUUUUUACCAUUUGGUAAUUCUAGUUGUCAACAAAUGCUGUUGUGUUGAUUAAAUUUAAGGGGAGUAACAAUUCAAGCUUUCGACUAUAUGAAUAAAACCUGAAAAAAAAACGAAAAAUCUGAAAGAAAAUCAGCUUUUAAAAAUAUAACCUCAAGCAAACGCUGGUAAUCGUUUUAAUAGUACCCGGUAGAGAUAUUUAUGGAGGGGACAGCCUGGACCAUGGUCACACAGAAUCUUUCUGCAGAAUAAAUGGUGGGUUAUACAUAAAAAGCCAACCACUCUAUCAACCUAAACAGAGUAUGUACAUCGAGCGACUUUAACUAGAUCUGCAGCACACACCAUCUAGAUUUGUACUUAAGCAUAAUCCAAUAUAAGAUUACAUAUUCUGUCUGUGGGAGAUAAAGAAACAGUAUAAAUAAUGCAUGAUGUAUGGCGCUCAGUGUUUAGGGUCAAAUAUAAUUAUUGCCAUAAGGACACCGCACAGUUUUGUGGGCAGUUAUGGAAUAGAAUCCAAAAUGAGCAGAGAAAGUUAACAAUGCUACUUUACUUACAAAAUUUGCUAAAUACUGUCCCACUGGCUUCUGAAAACUCUUAAAAAGUAGGAACUAUUCAUGAAGUGUCUCUGUUUCCCGUGAUUGCUUCUAAAUUGAAUUUCUUUUGAAGUAAGUGGAAGAGGUAGACUCCAACACAGCUGGGCUGGAGAACCUUAUUUAAAAAAGAAACUGUACGAUCCCCCUAUUGAGAAUGGCGAGCAAGUUUAUAAGUACAAAUGGUAUAAUAGAGGUUACUGCUAUAAAUACUCAGUGGAAGGUGAUGAAUCCUCAUUUCCGUGCAUGCAAUGGACAGAAACGUUCAACGGGCAGAUGUCAGUACAUCAGUGUUGAACCUUUGUAGUUAUAUUUGCAAUCUACAAUUGUUUGUAGCUUAACUUUCCUUGUGACCAUUAGGUUGCCGAUUUUAUCCAAUUAUUUCUGUAUGUUUCAUUCAGUGCAAUGUUUCCAACUGGAGAUGAACUAGAGUAUGUCACAGUGUAGGAGAGAUCACCAUAAGCAGAUAUUUCUUUGCAUUUGUGCCACUUCUGAUAUUAGUCUGGGAUAUAUUUGCUUGCCUUAAUAAGGGCAUUAACCCAUUGGAUUGAAAAUAGCUGCAGUGGUCUAACAUACGAGUAUGGCAAAUGGUAUUCAUAAUCAAUUUACAGCCUUUUAACACCAACUUUGCUGUAAAUUCACAGGAAAAAGAUAAAGUAUCCCACAACUGAAGUCAAUAAUUUGGGUAAUAUGGUUUCCAACUUCUUCAGCUUAGUCACAGAGUAUUGCCAGCAGCUAAUAAGGAUCAGUUUCUGAACACAAAGAGCAAAAUCCAAUGACGUCUAUGAUGAAACCAAUAUCCAUUGAAAAUUUAAUGGACUCUGAAUAUCUGUUUAACAACAAUCAGGUGGCAUAUAAAAAUCAAUAUCCCUGUAGUAUAAAUGCAAUCAUAUUUCCAACAUGAAUAUUAAUUUACAUAUUCUCAACAAGCUCGUGCAAAAUUAUUUUGCCCUUCCCGUAUCAAAGUAGUUAAUGAGUUUAAAUGGGUUAGUGCCUUGGUUAAAAGAGUGGACAGCAAUCUGAGACAAACACGUUUGGACAUCGGUGCAGUGAUAUUUGUGAUGUACCUCCACAACUGAUGCUACAGUCAUAAUUAUAUCAUGUCAGGUGAGGACGUAUACACUAAAAGGAGAGGAUAAUGAGAGAAGGGUGCACAUUUAGAUUUUCAUACCUAUCUUACGUAUUACUUCAGUGAUAAGACGAAGUCUUGCUUUAGUUUAAUCUUUAUAACAUAAGAGAAAAGUGAAAAUUCAGAAACAGUAUGACUCAUGCUCUCAUCCAGUUUUUUUUACAUUCUAUAAUUAUGACUCAAAACUUGCCAAUAGACAGUAUUUCCUCAUAAACGAGCUGGUCAGAACCUCAGUGCUCAUACUUUUUGCUGGUUAAGGUGUGUCAAAAAGUGGAACAUGCCAAUUUCAAAGGGACUUUAAAACGAGCCAAGCUACCUCCCAUCUCUCUUCCAUUUUGCCUGGUUGUAACUGUCGGUUCUUAUCGGUUUUACCUGUGUUGUUUCAAAUAAAGAUUUCAUGCUGCAAACACCUGACAGACAUGGUUAUGCAAACUGCAUGAACCGAGAUUGAGAAGACAAAAAGAAUCUACCACAACAUUAGGGUUUAGACAAAAAAAAACAUAGUGCUCCAUAGGAUUUUGGUGUAGUCAUGUCGUAAUGUCUUGUCGAUUUUUGUGCAUAGUAUUAGCUCCAGAUAGAAAAAAAAGGAACGACUUUUUGACAUUUAAUUGUUUAAGUGUUUGAAGUGUUUAUUUGUACUUUUGUUAUAAACUUUUUGCUUAAUUGUAUUUAAUCAGUAUUUUUAUUGUGCUCAGUAACUGCAUUUGGAUUUUCUGUACAGUCAUUUACAAAAGUCUACAUCAAUGUUUGUUUUUGAAAAGCUGCUAAGGUCAGACAGGUAUUUUUUUUGUAUCUGAUUCUAUUUUAAAUUUAAAAUUUUUGUUUUCCGAUGCUUCGCAUAUAUAAUAUCUCAUGCAUUUAAACAUUAUUAUUAAGGGGUGAUUAGUUUAGCUAUUAUAGCAGCCAAUUAAAAGGGACAAUCAGGUGUAGGAAGCACAGAUGGAAGAAAUUCUGUAAAAGUUGGUAUUGCAAGAGUUAAUUCUUAGACUUCCAAUCAAGCAUUUUAUGUGAUGGUGAGAUUUAUUGGGAAGACCCUUGGCUUUUGCUAAUUAAUCACAAAUAUUUUGUUUUAUAUAAUCAACAAAGUUGUAUUAAGAUGAUAGUUAAUCGAUAUUUGCUUUUACUUUUGUUGUUAUUUAACAGCAUACAGAAAUAUUGCUGCUUUUAACAAUGAAAUAUUUCAGUAAUGGGAGGCAGAUAAAUUCAGUCUAAAUACCGAAAACUGGUAAUUGAUUUAAGUACCAAGUCACAUUUGCUGGUGGGAUAUUUUCUCUCAAGUAAACUGGUCACUAUAAUAUGUUUUAAAACAUUCUCCACCACAACCAAUCAUUCUGAACAGAAGUUAAACUUAACUUUCCAGAAAAAUACAUGAAGUCUUGGUUUCUGAUUGAUCAUUUACCUGUCUGCAUAAUAUAAGUCAAGCUGUGAUUUCUUUGAGAGAGGAAAUAUUUUCAUAUGGUAACUGCCAUUGUGAAAAACCUGGUAUUUAUUAGUCAUACUUGUUGGGCACCUUAUGGAAGUCAUGAAAACAAUAAUCAAAUGAAGUGCUGAAAAACGUUAUAAGUGUAACAGUCUACUGUAAUAUCAUAUCUUUUGCUGUACCUCAUGCCUGUAAACUAGCUGCUUUAAUUUUUAGUUUAAUUUAAAUUUCCUAGCAAUAUAUAAAGAUGUAAAUAGUAGAGUUAUUUAUUAAGAAUGUCAUCCAUUUUUAAUUUAUAUUUACACUUUAUCAUCUAAAUUAUUUUUACAACUUUACAAUUCCGUUGUUACAGCCAUUUUAUUACCUUAAUGGUAUGACAGGAUAUGAAAUCUACAUGAGACAUACACUGUACUCUUGUAGCUCCCUCAUUUUCAAGUACAGAACAUCUAACCACAAUAAAUUCAAUGUAAUGCAUGCAUCUGUGAAAUGAUUACCCUUGCCAUUGCUGUGACUUUCAUUUGGAGCUAAGGCUCCAUACACCUCUGGAAAUAGAUUUGGACCAGCCAAUGACCAAGUAUCAAUAGAGUUCAAUUAACCAAGGAUAAGAUAAUAACAUUGGAAAUGGCUCUGGUGUGCAGGUUCUGCUGAUAGACUCUACUACACAUACCGGGCCGUGUUUAUCCUUGAUAUCAAAAGCCAUCCACGACUGAAUUUGCCAGGUUUUAAAUCAUCCAUAGUUCAACAAUAAUCAUUAUGAAAUCAAUGCUUUGUCACUGUAUUGCAUGUGCAAAUCUGCCAGUUAAAGUCCAGCAGUAUAAUUGCACUUGCUCACACAGUUCUGCAGCAUAGUAAUGGUAAUGUCUCUCACCCACAGGGUUUGCAGGACAAAGUUCCUCCUGAACUCCAUCCAAAAUAUCCCGGACUUCAUCCUGUGAGAUGAAGAAUGGUUCACCCCCAGUAGCUAGCUGCACUUAAUCGCCACAGCAUGUUCUAUGCUGCCUUUUAAAGUGCAUUUCCGCUGGAGAGUACACUUAGCAUCACCAACCGAAGGUGAGCUUGCAGGCAAAUGUUGUACUUUUUUGUUGGUCUUCGUUUCAGUGAAACAAAUGUGCUUUGAGAUAUUAAAGCAUCCGAGAUCAAUUUCAAAAUUGCUUCUCUUGCAAGAAGAGUGUAAGAAUAAUUUGAACAUAUGGAUGUCCCUGUUGUGGAUAACAUAAUUUAUAAUAAUCAGUAGCCUGAUCUCAGUUUCCUAAAGCAAGAGUGAGAGAAGAUGACGAGACCCUCUAAGCUAGCUCCCUGACUCAAGUUUAUCUCCUUCCUUAGCUUCAGUUUCCCACUUGAUCUCCAGUUCCCUUGAUUUUCUAUGGUUUCCUAAAAAUUACAUUAAUCUUAUCUUUAAACCUGAUGAACUACAGAGCAUCCAAUGCCUCUGGGAUGGAAUCUUUUGAUGAUUCACCGCACUCUGCAGUUACAGUUUCCUCUUGCCGAGUGUCUGAAAUGUCCAACACUUCACCCUGAGACAAUACCCCUUGUUCUGGACACUGCAGCCAAUGAAAACAGUCUCCCAGCAUCCAUUCUGUUAAGUCACUUCAGAAACUUCUUUCAUGGGUUCCAGUAAAAUUACCUCUCAUUCUUCUCAUCAUCAGAUAUUAGAGACCCAAUCUACUCAUCAUUAUAGAACCUCUUGAAGUUACCUGUAGGUACUUUAUAAUUACUUCCUCACACUAUAUAUAAAUAUAAAAAAAAUAUAUAUAUGCACAGCAAUGGCAAAAUGAAUCAGAAGAGCUUUGUAGUGAAUGUUUUUUUAAAAAAUAGUAUUUUUUACCAUCUGUUGUAUGUAGUCACUGGUCCUGACAACCCAAAAUUUAGCUGCUUUAUUCCAGCAUCAAUCCAGAUGCAAGAAACCAUUGUCAGGUCUAGUGAUCAGCAGCUGGCAUUGAAGUACAAGGAGCUGUUUUAGCACAACUGGUGGUUAGAACAAGUGUCAUCAGUUUUUCAAUGGAUCAAAGUUGACCAUUGGCACUGUACUUUAAUACCAUUAUGGUGUUCAGAAAGCACUGGUAAAUCGGUGGAAUCCAUUCCACUAUCCCAUACUCACAAUGCACUGUGUUGGGCACUUACCACAAACAUUUUUUUUUUGUUCUUUUGUACCGCUGCAUAUCUUAUGUUGGUGCUCUGACUUUACACAACAAACAUCUGUCUGGUGUACUGUAUAUUUGUUUCUCUGGAAAUAAUUAUUUCUUAUGGAUAAAUAAUGUCUCCUCCCUGUUAUGUAUUGGUUAGAAAUAAACACUGGCUAUA